GUUUAUAAAUGAAUUUGAAAUUCCGACAAUGUCGCAACGUUAGCUGGAAUUUGCAUUUUAUUUUGUUUUCUCUUUCCUUCUGAUUGUUUAAUUUGUUUUCUGCAUGAAAAUGUCAUAUAUUAUAUAUUAUCAUCCUCAUAAAAAAAGCAGCGUUGCUUAUAUCACACAAAGGUCAGUUGACUUGAUGGUUAAAUGCCCGCCGUCGACAUUGCUUCCUAUCGCCCAAAGACGUGUGUUAGUUGUACUUACUUAUUUGACCUUUCUUGUCAGUGUGAUCUGGUUCUGAGUUUUCAGGAGGGCCAGAACUCAGAACUAAGAGGAGAAAUACAUAGACUUUCUUUGUUUUGGAGCUCUGCUUAAACACUGCUUUUGUGUUAAUUACCUUCUGUUUGCUUGAGAAAUUAAUCUCCUAUCAGUGCUUACAAAUCUUGCCUUCAUCAGCUGUAAGAGAUUUAUUAAGUCGGAGGUAAAGCUGUUUUAGAAUGGAAAUCCUAGAAUUAGCAAAGCACGAAGAAUCCAUUCCAACACUCAUCAAAUACAUAUCAUCAAAAGAAGUGAGCGGCUUCGAUAGCAUUGAUAGCAGCAGUAGCUUUAAUACUCAUCACAGCCAACCAAGUGGCAGUGAUUCUCAUCCUAUCACUUCAUCAGCUGUGGGACUUGAAACUAUUGCUUCUGAGAACAGCUCUGUCAAAUUUCAACCCAUCAACGAUCUAAGGACUUGUUCUGUUUCCAUCAGCAUGCCAACUUCUCCAAGGGGAAGCAGCUCAGAGAUCAAUGAAAAAGCUCGUUUUGAAGAUAAUGAAGAAACAAGUUUCGGCAAUGGGAUUUCGGUUUCUUCUGCUGAAUCUAUGGCUGCCAGGUCGCAAAACAAACAAAUAAAGUUCCAUUCUCAGCCAAUGCCAAAGGGAUGUGCAGUUGAGUUGGGCGUCAAUGUUACAAACUCUCAUCACAAUCAAAAAUUGAAGGAUAAAAGAUAUGAUUCCUUCAAAACAUGGUCUGGGAAACUUGAGAGGCAGAUAUCGCACUUACGAGGGAAGCCACAAGAACCUUCACCAGAGAAUUCUGUGGAGCAUAGAGUUGAUAAGGAUGCUUUACCUGUGGAUCGAUACUAUGAUGCAUUGGAAGGGCCUGAGUUGGAGAACCUUAGAGCCUCAGAAGAAAUAGUGCUCCCAGAUGACAAGAAAUGGCCGUUUCUUCUUCGUUAUCCUAUCUCAUCAUUUGGUAUUUGUCUUGGCAUUAGCAGCCAAGCAAUCAUGUGGAAAACUCUGGCCACCUCUGCAUCCAUAAAAUUUCUCCACAUUAGCCAGAAUGUAAAUCUUGUACUAUGGUGCAUCUCUCUUGCUCUUGUAGCCAUUGUAGCUUCCGUCUAUCUUCUCAAAUUAAUUCUCUACUUUGAAGCAGUUCGUCGUGAAUACUACCAUCCAAUCCGUGUCAAUUUCUUCUUUGCUCCAUGGAUAGCCCUUCUGUUCUUAGCACUUGGAGUUCCUCCUUCACUUGCCAACAACCUGAACAGUGUCCUUUGGUACAUUCUCAUGACUCCAAUCCUCUGUCUUGAGCUUAAGAUCUAUGGACAAUGGAUGUCUGGAGGACAAAGGAGGCUUUCAAGAGUAGCAAAUCCUUCGAAUCAUCUGUCAGUUGUAGGGAAUUUUGUCGGCGCAUUGUUGGGUGCAUCAAUGGGGCUAAAAGAAGGACCUAUUUUCUUCUUUGCUGUUGGGUUGGCUCACUACACAGUCCUAUUUGUAACCCUCUACCAGAGACUUCCAACCAAUGAAACUCUUCCAAAGGAGCUCCAUCCAGUAUUCUUUCUGUUUGUUGCAGCUCCGAGUGUUGCUUCCAUGGCUUGGGCAAAAAUUCAAGGCUCCUUUGAUUAUGGCUCGCGGAUUGCUUACUUCAUUGCCGUGUUUCUUUACUUCUCACUGGCAGUUCGUAUUAAUUUUUUCCGAGGAUUUAAGUUCUCAUUGGCUUGGUGGGCUUACACUUUCCCAAUGACUGGAGCAGCCAUUGCAACUAUUAAGUACUCAAAUGAAGUCACCAACAUAGUAACUCAAACUCUUGCUGUUAUACUCUGUGUCAUUUCCACAUUCAUAGUCACAGCUCUGCUUGUAACCACAAUACUGCAUGCCUUUGUGCUCCGAGACCUCUUCCCCAAUGACAUAGCCAUUGCCAUUAGCGAGAGGAGAACAAAACAUCAUCAUCAUCAUCAUCAUCAUAACAAGAAGUGGUUCCAUCGAAGACUUGGAAGCUUGGAGAAUAAAGAGAUAGAAAAUUACUUGAAGUAUGCAACCUCAGACAUAGAAGCUUCUAUAAACCCUCCUAGCUCAGAUGGUAGUAAAUAAGCAAAGAAUGUGUUAUGAGGAAGUCCUUGCCAUUGUUUCUGAAUCUUCAGGCUAGCUCCCUAGCCCUAUGCAUGCGAGGAACACGAAAUUAACCUAGGAGAGUUCCAGUGAGCAUGUGUUUACAGGAACUGAAGAUUUACUUGGUGAGGCUGCGUAUAUUGUAUCAGUGUGAAAAAUAAAUAAACAAAUUAUAC